UGUGUAUCGUAAAUGAAUUUAUAAUAAUUAUGGAGAAUAUAGAAAAUACAAGUUCGGUUCUUAAAUUAAUAUCAGUAAAUGAUUUGCCAAGUAUUGCAACGAACUUUACAUUAAACAGUACGUCUGAAACAGAAACAGAAAUUCCAGAGGAAAGUAAUAAUGUGCAACAAUUAUGGAGUUUACCUAAAACAACCGUGACUUCAUUGGAAGAUACAUCCUUACUAUUUAACAUAUCAAGGAGUACUGUACAGGUUGCCACAACAACGUUAGAGUCUGUUGAUGAAUUUGGACCACCAGAAGGGAUAGAAUAUAUUUUUGUACCACUUGGUGUUAUGGUCUUCGUCAUUGUAUUAUCUGCUGUGGUAUUUUUUAUAUCGAGAAAACGAAAGUUGGAACGAUUAAGGCAUAGACUAAUGCCAAUGUACAAUUUCGAUCCUGGAGAAGAAGAGGAAGAUGACUGGGAAACUGAACUAUUGGAUGAAUCUUAUAAUAGUAAUCAUCAAAGACGACAAGGAUACCAAUCUAUGGACGCAGAAGAUAAUGCUGAACUUUUUGGUGAUCAUUGACAGAAUAUCAAUUAUUUUUUUAUCGAUUAUCUUUUACCUUCUCUGCAUUAUUAAUAUAGAUGAUCAUUCAAAACUAUGCUUAAUAUAACAGUAUUAAUUAUGAUGUAAAAACAAAUGAUUUUCAGAUAUAUGCAAAGAUAUUGUAUAAUGCAACCGAUAGAAUUAAUAGAUUUUUUAACUAACUACAUUUCUUCUCAUAUCUUCUAACUGCAGCUUUUAUAGAAAACAAUGUAUUAAAGUACAAAGAUAGUAUUUUAAAACUUUACCUAUUUAAAAUAGUCAUAGUCAAAAUCAAACGUUAAAAUGUCUGACUUUAGUGCAUUUUGUUGUCUGAAAAAAGUUUUAUAUUAUUUUUAAGUUUACUGAUUGUUAUUAUCGAUUACUCUCAUUAAUGAAGUAGCGUGAUCAUGAAUAAUUAUUGCAAUUAACAUUGUAACGUUGUACUCUUAUAUAUAUAUAGUUCGCUCUUCUAUUUUUUUUAUAAUGUAACAAUCACAUAAAUAUAGUUUAUGUAACAAAACUAAUUUAUAAUAAUCAAAUUUCAUUUAUAUGUUUGUUU